CUCGAUCCCCGGCGCACGUCGGCACGCAGUCAUUCUCCAGCUCGCUGGCGCACGGGUAGUGCGCUCCCUCAGCUCCCUCCUCUCCGCUCCCUGCACUCCAGUUACAAGAAUCAACCCCAGAGCAAAGGCAGGAUGCGGACUGCAGAAGACUCGUCAGGUACGGUCCUCCACCGGCUAAUCCAGGAGCAGCUGCGCUAUGGCAACCUGACGGACAACCGGACACUGCUGGCCAUCCAGCAGCAGGCGAUGAGGGGUGGGACGGGCAGCCCCCGCUCCUCGCUGGAGAGCCUCACACAAGAGGAGUGUCAGAUCGUGCAGCAUUCCACGCGGCAGGAGCCACAGGGCCAGGAGCACCAGGGAGACCUCUCGCACUCGGAGAACCUCCUGCAUCAUCUGCAUCAGCUCCAGCUGAACGGGGAGGCGCUGCCAUCCUAUGAGGAGGCCAAAGCCCAGUCCCAGCUUCUGGCUGGACACAGGCAGCAGCAGACCACCUACCCAGCCACCGAAACCCACCCGACCUCAGCCCAAGGCAGAGCCCACCAGGACCUUCACAGUGACGCCCUCAAGGAGCUGAAACACGGGCACGUGCGCUCCCUCAGCGAGAGGCUGAUGCAGCUUUCUCUGGAGAGGAAUGGAGCCAAAGCCCCAACCACCAUGAGCUCUUCGCACAGUUUCCCCCAGCUCUCGAAACACCACAAGCAGCCAGUGGGGACAGGGUACCAGGGGCACUGCCAGACUGUGGAGCACCGCGGGCCUCCUCCAGAAUACCCCUUCCACGCGAAGCUGACCGCUCCUGUACUUCCUCGUUCCCAGCAACAAGGACACCUCUACAAUGAGGCCUCCACUCCGUGCUCUGACGGACAGCACAUGGGCACCAAUAGGCAUGGCUACUGCACCCAAGGACAAUCUCCCAGGGUUACUCAGGCUGAAGUAUUACAUCCUGCCCAGCAGCAGAGACAUAGCCUCCUGGCUUCCCCACAAAUGGAGGCUGUGGCAGUUAUUGGGGCUCCAUGUGACAGCACCCACAUUGUACCUGUGGACCACGUGGCAUUGAUAAACCGUGCCCAGCAAAUGGUGGAGAUGUUGCUGAAGGAAAAUGAAAACCUAAAGAAAGAGCUGGAUGGGCACACUGAAAAAUCAGUCAAAAUCCAGAAGUUGGAGAAAGAGAUCCAGAGGAUUUCAGAAGCCUACGACAACCUCAUGAAGGCAUCGUCCAAACGUGAGACACUGGAAAAAACAAUGAGGAACAAAAUGGAGGGAGAAAUUCGGCGGCUUCAUGACUUCAACCGCGACCUGAGAGAGAAGCUGGGCUCUGCCAAUAAACUGCUGACCAGCAGGGAGUGCGAGGUCUCAGAAGAUGGACAAAGCAUUCUCAGCAAGUUGAUCGCUCAAAACAGGGAACAGCAGAAGGAGAAGGAGCAGCUUCGGAGGGAGUUAAACCUCUCAUGCAACAGGAAUGAAGAUCAGCACAGGCGAAUGCAGCUCCUUGACCACGCGCUCAACAGCACACAGUCCAAAGUAGUGCGGCUCGAGGAUGAGUUGCGGAAGAAGCGAGCCUACGUGGAGAGGGUGGAGAAGUUGCAACAUGCUCUAACCCAGCUGCAGGCUGCAUGUGAGAAACGCGAGCAGCUGGAGCUGCGGCUGAGGAACCGCCUGGAACAGGAACUGAAGAGUCUGCGGACGCAGCAGCGCCAAGCAACAGCUCAGGGUCCCGGAGCUCCAGAGUACAGUGCCCCGGCAUUGAUGGAGCUGCUCCGUGAGAAGGAAGAGAGGAUCCUGGCUCUGGAAGCUGACAUGACGAAAUGGGAACAGAAGUACCUGGAGGAGAGCACCAUGCGGCAGUUUGCAAUGGAUGCUGCUGCCACAGCAGCUACCCAGAGGGACACCACAAUCAUCAACCACUCACCUCACCAUUCACCCAACAGCAGCUUCAAUGAGGGCUCUCUGGAGAAGCGUGUUUACUAUGAGAACGGGGAGGUUAUUGUGACCAAUCAUCGGCACCAAGAGAUGGAAAACAGGAUUAAGGCCCUACAUGCACAGAUCCUGGAGAAGGAUGCCAUCAUCAAGGUCCUCCAACAGCGCUCCAGAAGAGACCAGGUGAAGCCGGAGCAGCUGGCACUGCGACCGGCUCGGUCAGUGCCCUCCAUUGCCCUGUCCAUGGGGAUGUCUCUGACCAGUGACAGGGGCCUUGACAAGGCGUCCCGGGGCAGCUCAGGUGCUAUAAACAAGAGCUGCACCGAGGAUCAGACUGUGAUUUCAGACCCCCAUCCUACAACGUCCCAUACUAAACACGGGAGCAGAGAUGGCAGCACACAGACUGAGAAAGUGCAGUCAGCCCAGGGGAGCUUGCAGGACAACGAGACCUCAGUCAACUCACGUGCCGCCAAACCAGUGGCCACUCCAUUAGAUCUGCUGCAGCUACCAAACCAGGUGAGCCCCAGCACUGUAAGAAACCCAGAUUCAUCGGACAAUGAGAUGGUGGAAAUCCUCAUCUGAGAAUGAUGUCUGUUAGGAGAUGGAGGCCUUCUGUGAAAUAUAAAGACCUCCAUACUUGGCAAACCUUUCACUCCUCACUGCCAAGCUAUCAGAACAUGGAACCAGGACAAAACCAAUAGAAAGGUGAACAAUUCCACAGAAAAGUGUGGAGACAGAACAUGAUUUUUAUGGGAAGAGGAAGAUGUGGCCUUGAAUGCAUCAUAUCCAUAAGCUGCUAUAACGCUGUCUUCAUUUGAGGGUUAUACACACAAGAAGAGCUGAGCUAGUCUUUGUGCCAUGUGUGAAGCUUCCCUGAGUGGCAGGAGACACUCGCAAACUAACCCAAACUAUCCAAACUGCUGUGAAGCUGCAUCCUGAGAUGGACACAUCAGUGUUGUAAAAGUCAGUAUUUUUUUCACACAACUGCCAAGCGUAAAAGCUUCACAGCAGCAUUAAUAUAUAUAAUUACAAAUAUCUAGCACUAGACUGUGCUAUACAUAAUAUAUACUGUACAUAAUGCUGUAAAUUAAUCUUCUAUUUUAACAAGCUCUUUGUUUCAGCUUUAAACUUUGUGCAAUUUGACUAAAUCUUUGCUAUGACUAAAAAUGUCUCUUGAACCUCCCUUGCCAUUUCUGCCAGCAAUGAUCAUGGUUUCUCUCUGUCGCCAUCCUCCAGACAUACAACUUUCAUUUCCUUCCUUCAGCACCUCCUGUGCAAGUCUUGAUUAAGACUUGUACAUCUCCCCUUGUGACUAGCCACUUCUUCCAGCCAUACCUUUAAUUGGACCUGACUUGGAGAACCUUCCUCACCUGGGCCCCAUUGCUUCAGGUCACAGCUGUUGCUGCAUUUCAUCAUGGGCACAGGAAGAUUCCAUAGCUCUUAGAAGGGAUGCUGAGAUGACAAUUGAGGCUUUGUGUGUGUGCAGAGGGGUGACGUUACUUGUGGUGCUGUGACAUUAUCUACACCUUCCUGAAUGAAACAAAAGCAUUUUUAAUAGAGAAAACUGAAACGCUUUCUCCGGACUCCGGAAUCUACCACAGAGAGCCCCUCCCAAAGCAAACCAGUCCCUAGCAGAAGGUCUUUGCCUGUGAUUGGCUGCACAGUAACGUAGCAGUGAGCAAACAGUCCAUUCGGUGUCCCUGUACAUCUGCACUCCUGAUUGAAGAAGUCCAGUGGGAGGGUGUAGGGGUGGAUGGUAUGGUUCCAAUGUUUCCCGGUCACCUCCCUGUUGCCCAGCCCAAUUUGGGAAUAGGGAUUCUGCCUGCAUCAUUGAGAAGCUCUGAUUAGUGCUGUGUAGUCAUUGCAUCUGUGAAUUACCAGGCGUGUAGAUAAUGUGUUAGGGGGUUGCCCAGCCCUCCCUGAACAGUUACAUCUUCACCUGAAGUUGCCAGUCCAUUCCUGAGCUUGGCAGUACCAGGACUGAUGUGUAGCUGUGUUCUGCACACACCUGUUCUCAGUGGUUCUGGUGUUUGCACCAUACUGCUGUUUCCUCAGCAUAACCGCGUUGUUGCCCUGCAGGAGGUGCUGACCUCAGGGUGUGGGCCAAAGUUGGGGCAGACUGGCAGCUGGUUUCUGCCACACUGACCAUUCAUCAUUUCCAAGUAACAAAGUGAGACAGGAGAGUGGAGGACAGGCAGGGUUAUGGCCAAGGUUAGAACCUAUGGCUGCCCCUUCAUUCACUGAUAGGUCUAAGCAUGGUCCAAGGACACUCCACUGACAUAUCUUGGGAACAGACACAGGCUGGGAAUGGCACUGUGAUGCCUGGGCCUGUGGCCCAAAGUAUUAAGGAUACCCAUCCCAGCAAGAUCCAUAAGCUGGGAUCGGUGUCUCACAUUCCACCCUGCCAUGGGGUACAUGCAGUGUGAGAGUGAAAUCUGUGAGUGGCCAAGUGAAGGGCAGAGGACAACUUGUUGAUUCUGCAGUUGGACCUGUCCAGCUGGUUACAAAGUGAUGUUUUUCCAUAAUGUGCAAUUGCUGGCCAUUGCCUUCUUUCUGUGACAGCAUUCACACAUACUUUGUUUACAAAAAAAAAUUGUGAAGCAAAAAAAAACAAAAAAAAAUUAAUAUAUUUUGUACGAGUAUUUGUAUCUGACACGGCUGUAUUUUAGUGCCACUGAACCUCAUGCCAAAGAUGAUAAACUGCAUUAUUAUUGAAUAACUUAUGUAAGUAUUUAAUGGUGAAGCCAGGGCUCCGUGGAAAGUCACCAAACCCUGGGACUGCUGCAGCAUUCUGUACGGUAUGCAGUUAUUUCAAGUUAUUGAUGUGAAUCUCAGACAUGGGAUUUUUAUAUUGGAAUAUCACCACACAUUUCAGUAAUAAAAUCAAAAAUUAAAUAAA